AAAGAGAUAUAUCUUAGGUUUUGAGUGACCUCUGUGUUUACUGUGCGUGCAAAGAUUCGAUUUGAAAGGGUUCUCAGCGAGUCAGUUGCUUACGAGAGCUCAUUGAGAGUACGAUAAAACUAGUUUGGCCAGUUUAGUGAAGGAAACAACCUGCUGCUUAGCCCAGUACUGCACGAAAAGGAUGAUUUACAUGAGUGUUGCGGCGAGCUCGUCAGUAUUACUGUUCCUAAUUGGCCUAAGCGUGGGAUUAAGCAUUAACAAUUUCAAAGGAAGCGACGCUCUUACGUCAGCACCACUUAUCGAUGGCCACAAUGAUUUGCCUCACAACUUGUACAAAUUAUUGAACAACAACUUAGACAAUUUCAACUUCACACAAAACCUGACCGACGAUGAAUUAUGGGGUAAAGACGUAUGCAAAUCAUGUUAUACUGAUCUUGCCCGGUUGAAAAAAGGAAAAAUAGGUGCACAAUUCUGGGCAGCGUAUGUUGAUUGCUCAUCGCAAUUCAAGGAUGCAGUGGCACUGACAAUGAGACAAAUCGAUGUUAUCAAAAGAUUAGUCGCUAAAUAUCCAAACUACUUGCAGUUCGUAACGGAAGCUAAGCAUAUCGAACAAGCAUGGAAUGAUGGAAAAAUUGCUUCCUUGAUCGGUGUCGAAGGUGGUCACUCUAUUGAUUCUAGUUUGGCUGUUCUCCGGCUGUACUACGAACUCGGUGUGCGUUACAUGACGCUGACUCAUAUGUGCAACACUCCAUGGGCUGACGCAUCGGUGGUGGACGAUACGUCUGUUCACAACCUUACGAAAUUCGGUGAAGCUAUCGUCUACGAAAUGAAUCGAUUGGGAAUGUUGGUCGAUUUAGCGCAUGUGUCUCAUAACGUUAUGAGAAAAACACUUUCAAUAACGAAAGCUCCUAUUAUGUUCUCCCAUUCAUCUGCCUUUAGCGUUUGCCGUAACUACCGCAACGUGCCUGACGAUGUCCUCUACAUGGUUAAAGAAAACAAUGGUAUCGUAAUGGUGAACUUCUAUUCAAAUUUUGUAAAUUGCAAUUGUUCGAGAAACGCAACUAUCCAAGACGUUGUAGAUCACAUUAAUUACAUUCGUAAUCUUAUCGGAGCUGAUCAUGUUGGUAUUGGAGCGGACUACGAUGGUGUAGGAUCAAUGCCAGAAGGUUUGGAAGAUGUUUCUAAAUAUCCAGACUUAUUCGAUCGCAUCUACGAAAGUGAUGUGAAUCCAAAAUGGACCAAAGAGGAACUUGAAAAAUUAGCAGGCAGAAAUUUGAUCCGUGUACUACAAGCCGCGGAAAAAGUAAGGGACUCAUUGGCAAAAUCAGAACAUCCACGACAAGAUAUCAUAGAUCAACAAGACAUUUACGAAGCUGAAACAACGAGUAAACUUCAACCAGGCUUAUGUAACACUGCAAAAGAGUGGAUUGAUUUUGUAAACCAUAAUAAAUCACGACAAUAACAUGGCAUUUAUUUAAAGCACAAAGACAUGGCACAACAUUUUACGAAGAAAAGAUUUAUUUCCAUACGAUAAUAAUACGUAAGAUCAAUCUGUAAGCAAUAAAAAUGUAAAAUACCGAAAAGUUAUUACGUUUAACUAAUGGAAAACGUAUUUGUCGUAAUCUAUUCAUUCAUUUUUUAAUAAAAGUAUUUAUCAAUGGCAAAA